AUGAAUUAUAGCAAGUUUAUGCAGGAUUAUAUGGACAAUAGUUAUAUGAGAUUGAUUAAGCAGCCGUUUCCAGUGGACGAACCUGUCUUCUACCUACCCCAUCAUGGGGUAUUCAAAUCAGAUAGCACAACCACGAAAUUGCGUGUCGUGUUUGACGCAUCGGCUAAGGAUCUGAACGGCGUCUCGCUGAAUCAAGUGCUGCAAUCCGGUCCUAAGCUACAGUCAGAUAUAGUUGAUAUAUUAUUGAGAUUCCGGGCCGGCCAUGUGGCGCUCACCGCGGACGUCAAGCAGAUGUUCCUUCAAAUUUUGGUCGAACUCGCGAUUGCUUGCCUGUUGAAGUUAGCGGCUGAAGGCAUAGUAAGCUACUCCUUAGCCGCGGCUGUCUUGGAAGAGAGCGUCUAUGUCGACGACGUGGUGGCGAGCGUCGAGUCAAAGGAGAAGGCCCGCUUCGAACUCAGGAAGUGGGCCAGUAGCCAUCCGUCGGUUUUAGCGGAUCUAGACCCGGAACUCUGUAGUCAAUCGUUACUAUUCUUUGAAUCGCCUGAAGAUCAGUUUCAUAAGGUUCUUGGACUUUGUUGGUAUCCGCAAACGGACAGUUUUGGCUUUCAGGUCAAUCCGUUGGACAGAGACUGCACCAAAUGCAAUAUUCUCUCUGAACUAGCUCGCAUCUUCGAUCCAUUAGGGUUCUUGACACCGUUUACGUUCGCAGCCAAACGAUUGAUCCAGCAACUCUGGAUGCUCAAGGUGGAGUGGGACGACAAGCCUCCUUCGGAGAUAUAUGUUCUAAAUGGGAAAAAUACAAGUCGGAGCUCUCCGCGUUAG